AUGUCCAAAUUCACACCGCCACUCCCCCCCUUUUCCCCUGCCGUUUCCUCGCUUCCGUUUCCCCCUUUCCUUCCCUCCGUUUUCCCCAUCCCUUCCCCAUUUCUUCGCGCCGCUGCGCACCUCCCACACUCCAUUUCCCCUCCCUCUCCCGGCUGUCCCUCCUUGUCCGUCUUUCGCGGCGCAGAAAGUGUUGCUGGUGGGCGACUCGAUGAUGUCCAACUUUUACGAGGCGCUGCGCUCCUCCCACACCCGCACUACCCCCCCCCAUUCCCCCGCUGUCCCCCCUUUUCCCCUGCUCUCCCCCCGUCUCCGUCGCGAUUGGUGCAGAAAGUGCUGCUGGUGGGCGACUCGAUGAUGUCCAAUUUUUACGAAGCGCUCCUCUGCGCCAUCCACAUCGGCGGCUUCAAGGGCGAGCCCUACCAGCGCAACACGGGGGGCGUGUUCAAUGUUAAAGGCGUGCGCUUUCCCCGCAUGGGCAUUUCCAUCGAGCACCUCUUCUCGCCCUACCUCGUCUACGCGAUCACGCGCGGCGCCCAGACCGCGAACGCGAAGGGCGGCCACGGCUACGACGUCCACGUGGACAAGAUCCAUCCGACGGUCGCGAAGAUCCUUCCGGAAUACGCCAUGGCGGUCUUCGCGUCGGGAGUUUGGUGGCAGCAGAACGUCCCGCGUCGCAAGCAGCCCAACGUCUUCUUCGUGAAUAACUCCCCGAAGAACCUCUCGAAUCUCGACGCGCACGCGUGGGCUCUCAACACGCUCAGCUCUUAUUUGAAAACUUCCAACUACGGUGGCGUGCCGUAUUUUAUUUCGUUCUCGCCCCACCACAGCGGCAUGGGCAACCCGCAAAACGGAGUGUAUCAGGGCACUUCUGCUGGGGGAAAACCCGCCUGGGUUGGCGCAUGCGGGGCGGUGAAACCCAUGUCCGAACAGUUGGCGAUAAAGGAUUACUCGUUAUCGCUCCCGACGUCCGAAGCGUACAUGACAACUCAGAAAACAGCACUGAUGGGUUCGACUCUACGGUUCCUCCAGGUUACCAGCCUGAGCGCGAUGCGACCUGAUGCGCAUCAGGGACCUUGGUUCAAGAGGAGGCCUUCGUCUGGUCCUGGUUCGCCAGCUGGCAACGGCGAGUCUCCGUUUUCAGGGGACUGCACGCAUUGGUGCUUGCCAGGUGUGCCAGACGCGUGGGUGGAUAUGAUGUAUGCGAACAUGCUUCGCGAACCAUCAUUGGCAGGAAAGAAGUUUUAG